AUCUACUCUUUGAUUCCAGUAUGGUGAACGCCGGCUAUCGGCACUUAAGAUGUGACCUCAAAUUGAAAGGAAGGUUUUUGUGAACAAAUCAAUAUGGCACUCAAACUUGGAAAAUGCAGACUUUGUCUCAAGCUCGGAGAUUUCUAUUCCAUCUUUACGGUGGACAACAAUUUGCAGCUCGCCGAAAUGGUGAUGGAAUGCGCGCGGGUUAAAAUAUUUGAAGGAGAUGGCCUUCCAGAUAAGAUAUGCAGUGAAUGCAUUCAAAAACUCAGUAGUGCUCACAUAUUUAAACAACAAUGCGAGCGGUCUGAUCAAGAGCUAAGACGAAAUUAUGUUCCUCCACCAGGCUUCAGUUCACCGACACCACCCAACAGACAGAGCAGCGAUUCAGUAUUGUCAUCGCAAACUGAAGUCUCUAAACCCUCAUCGACAUUCGAAAGCAAGGUGACACCAGUCAGUAGAUCACGGAAGCGAAGCAGAGACAGCCUUGACAAUACAUCUACGAGUAGCCGCUCUCGUGAUUACCAACCGGGAAGUUCGAAGCGGGUUGACCAACUUCGAAUGUCUCAGAAGAAACCCAAGCUUUCUAUAAAUUCGGAUUCAGAUUUCGAUGACAAUAGCCCUUCUUUUUAUUCCCCUGAAACAGACUCCGAUGAACCUUUGCAGCAUAAGUGUAAACAAUGCGACAAAGCGUUCCGCUCGAUUAAAAGUCUAUCAGCUCAUUCUAAAUGUCACAAACGAAAAAGUGUGCUAAAUAAAUUACAAAUAGACACGAAAAAUUCUCUUGAAUCGCCAAAAGAAAUUAAAGAUGCUGUAGAUGAUGACAGCAAACUUUCAUGCGAUAAAUGUGGAAAAGAUUUUAAAUUAAAAAUAAUGUUAAAACGCCAUCAUGAUAUCUGCGGGAAAUCGCCUCGAAAAGAGUUAAUGGUUUCUUUAGAGCCAAUAGACUCUGUGCCACAAACUAGGAAGGUCGACUGUGAUAUGUGCACGUCGAAAUUUAAAACGAUUGAGGACCUAGAAGCGCAUAAAGUAAUGCACGCGGCACUUCUUAAAGGGACUAUCAAUGAAACUAAAGAAGUAGUUGUCCCUUGUUUAUAUUGUGGCCUUUCUUUUGACGAUUAUAAUCUUCAUAACGCUCACUUCAAUACAUGUCCUCAGAAGUCCGACCUUAGUACAUUCCAGUGUCCUAUUUGUAUGAGAGCAAUAACAAAAAAGGGAUGUUAUUUCUUACACCUUAGAACGCAUUUUUUUCCGGUAUCGUCAACGAAAUCCAUAGCUGAAGUAGCUACUAAACAAGAAAUCUUUCAAUGCCGUAUGUGUAAUAUGAAACUACAAAAUCAAGAGUCAUUGAUUACCCAUCUGGCUGGGCACAUGUCUAAUAUCGACGACGCUGAUGAAGGAGGCGACGAAGAAUCAAGGGCAAGUACAAUAGAUGACUCAGCAUCAGCUCAUUCAGAAUACAGUGCAAGCAUCUCAAGUGGACCUUUAAAGUGCAAAUCUUGUGAUAAAUCAUUUAAAUAUAAGAAAGCUCUAUUAACGCACGAGCUAAAACAUUCUCAAGGUGAUAUAAAAACUGAAGUUAUAGAAAAGGAUAAUUCUUCAAGUUUGUUAAAUGAAACUACUGCUUCAUUAAACCAAUAUGAAUCGGAAUCUAGUCAAGAUGAGGGCGAAGAGGAUAAUACAUGUGAUAUUUGUGAAAAGCAGUUCUCAUACAAGAGACUACUCCUGCAACACAAAAGAACCAAACACCCAAUGACUGCAGGAUACAAGCGAGCUAAGAUCAAUUUAAAGGAUUGCUCCGUCCGGUGUUUGAUAUGUGAUAUUGAAAUGAAAGUCAGUGCGAUUAAUGAGCACAAUCAGACACAUAUAUCGGUCAAUAUAAAGCCCAGAAAUUUGUACACGUGUAUGGAGUGUGAAGAGCAAUUCAAGAGCUGCAGUGCGCUGGCGAAUCACAUUAAAUUCGUGCACCGUCUCAAACAACAGCAAGUGAAAAUGAAUGUGGCGCCAGCAGAUCUGGCGGAUUUUUGUGAAGUCGUUGUGACGAAGGCGGAACCCCUGGACGAGCUCCAGAGUCACAACGGCUUUGGUGAGGUUCCCGUCAACAAUGAAUCACUGGUAAACAUGAGUGGCUUUACUUGUCCCAUUUGUAACAAGCAAUUACCGACCUUGAUAUCUCUCAAACGACACGUUAAUUGGCAUAACCACGUCGGGAAAAGCUUGGAGAAACAGCUCGAGUGUUUCGUUUGUAAAGAGACUUUCCGGUUUCAGUGUCAUUAUAAGUUACACAUGCGUGAACACUAUAAUGACACGAAUCUCGAUCCAAAACUGUUGACCUGCUCCAUCUGCAAUCGUAAAAGUAAACAUCUCCGCGCAGCUCAGGCGCAUAUGAACUUUCAUAAACAGACGCGUUUUAAAAAUAAAGAUUACGAAUGUUCUAUUUGCAAAAGGAUUUUCCAACAUCGUAAAGUUUACCUCUCACAUAUGGCUAUACAUUAUAAGCGCGGUGAAAGUACUACUAACACUAUUGUGGGUUCUGAGCUACCUAACUCAGUGGAUAAAAACAAAUUUGACGGUACCCAUACCUGUCAUCUAUGUGGCAAUGUUUGUGAUUCGGAAAACUCUCUGAAACACCAUAUAAUUUGGCACAAGUCCAAGACAUCUUUAUUUGGAGCUAGACACGAAUGCCACAUUUGCAACUUGCGGUUUACAAAUAAAAAGCGCCUUGAGCUUCACAUAAGAACACAUUUUGAGGAUGAUAACGGACCUUUUAAAUGUCAUAUUUGUGGGAAGGGUUACAUCGAUGAGGAUUAUUUUAAGAGACAUGUAAAAGGCCAUAACUUUGAUCAUCAAUCACAUAAAAAACGAAUAGAGAAGCUUAGGAAAAAUAAGGUGAAGUGUCCGAUUUGUGCUCGUUACUAUCCAGACUUGGUGAAACUUAUUCGCCACUUGCGACGGACACAUCCAGAGAGUAAGAUGAUUAAGGAGGACCCGGAUGCGCCACCACCGAACUAUUAUUCAUGUAAAUUAUGUGCUAAAGUGUUCUUAGACGAGAGGAGAUUGCAGUUCCACGAAGAAGCCCAUUUACGAAAACCAGAAUUUUUCAAAUGUAAGUUCUGUGGUAAAAAGACAAUAUCACUGAAGAAUCACAGGGUCCACAUCAAAGGUCAUCUCACACAGAAAUAUAUCGAUAAUCCACUAAAAUGCCCACACUGUGAAGAAAAGUUUAUGCGAGGUUAUGAUCUACAUUAUCAUUUACGUGACGCUCAUGAUAUCAAUGAGACUUGGAUAGAAGAACGGGGGAAACAGACUUUAGACGGUCCACUGAAAGACUUACAAUGUUCUAUAUGUUACAAAGUCUUAGCCAGUAAAGGAAACUUUGAAAGGCACAUAGAUUACCAUAACUCUCUUAGAUGUAAUUACUGUUUUGAUUACUUUAGUUCUCUUCGAUUCUUGGAGGGACAUCUUGCCUUCAGUUGUGACAAGAAAAAACUUAUUGGUGAAACUGAAAUUUAUCCGAAAAAGGUAAAGUGUCAUAUUUGUUACAAACCUUUCCACUUGCAAGUGAAGUUGGAUUGCCACUUACGCACUCAACAUGACAUAAGAACGUUUAAAAAAGCUUCCGAGGGGAAACAGGAAAUUGUUUGUGACUAUUGUUUUAAAGUAUUUGAAAAUGAAUAUGCUCUCAAUACUCACAAGAUUUAUCACCGUACUGUCGGCUACUACGGCUGUAUAUAUUGUAACAGAAAGUUUAACAACAUGACAAGUUAUAGAAAACAUAAAAAUCACCAUUUUUCACAAAUGAAUAUUGACGAACCAACAAAAUGUGAACAUUGUGAUGAAACAUUCGUAGCAUUCAGAGAAAUGAUAUACCAUAUGAGGGACGUUCAUGGUGACGAUAAAGAAUGGAUUAUUCAGCCGAAAGUAUCCAUAGAAGAAAAAUGUAAUAUUUGUCAGAAGACAUUCUUCAAUUUACACAGACAUUUAGAUUACCAUGAAGAAAAUAAAUGCAAAAAAUGCGGAGAGUACUUCUUCUCUCGAGCAGACUUCGAUAACCACCUCUGUGCCAUCGACAGCGAUGAGGAAGUCACUGAAAAUAAUACUAAUGGGACUCGGCCUGUGUAUGAAGAAUGUAGCUUCUGUUUCAAACCAGUGACCAGAAAGAAUUCGAAACGUUCACACAAUCAAAUUCAUAAAGGUUCUGGUUCUAUAUCAUGUCGUUUCUGUACUCUUAAAUUUAAAACUAUGGACGCUUUCAACAUUCACGCGUUUUCACAUCGAAGUAGAAAAUACAAGAAGAAACCGAUAAAGUGUCGUAAGUGUGGCGAACAGUUCGUGAAGUACGGUCCAUUUAUAAAACACAUGAGGUUCGUUCACAAGUGUUCCAAGAAGCUUCACUACAGAGCCACGGUGAAGCCAGAAAAGUGCGUCGUCUGUAACGAAGAUUUUCCAAAUCUACACAAUCAUUAUCGCGCUCAUCUGCAAAAUCAAUGUCAGGAAUGUCUCAAAUAUUUUACGUCCUCCAAAGCAUUUUCGUUGCACGAUUGCAAUAAAGAGGAUGCAGAUCCAUCUAAAGUGUUCACAAGUGACGCCAAUUUACCAGCACUUAUUAAUUCCUACGUUCCGAAAGAUGAAAAAGACGAUGAGAAGUAUUACGGUCACGACGACGAAGGGGAAGAAGAGGACGAGAGUGCCAACUUGGAGACAGGGACGCAGGACGAAGACAGCCAAGCUUCCAUUGAUAUUGAUGAAGGAAAAGUCCAUAACAUGGUGCACGCGCCCAUCAUCUCCGACGUGCUAUCGCUCUACAAGAAGAAGGACGUUAAUACGAAUUGCGAGACUGGCAACGAUGAACAAAAUAGUGUCAGCGGCAGCGUUGUGAUCCUAACUGAUGAUGAUUCUAUAGGUUUCGAGGGUAAUGUACCUGUUAUAACGAUAGAUGAUUAGCUAUAAUUUGAUAAAAUUCGUUUACAUCUGCAUAGUUCGUACUUUAAGCUGGAAAUUUAUAGGCAGUAAUCUGUUACUUACCGAUGUUAUUUUUAUUUGAUGAUAUAUUAGAAAUAUUUCUACUUGUACUACUUGAUACUAUUACUAUUAAUAUAAAUUUUGGACAAUUUAGAUGACAUCCUCCCUUGAUUCAUAAUUAUUUGUCACUUGUAAAUAUAUUUUAAUGUUGUUUUUUUACCUACAUGGUUUAUUAGAUUGCAUUUAUUUAGAGUAAGACAUUUUGUAAUAAUUAUACAUUCUUAAAAAUA